GUUCUACCUAGUGGAGAUCUAAUCAUCAGGAAUCUAAAGUGGAGUGACAUGGGAAAUUAUGUUUGCGUGGCGGAGAAUGCUCAUGGCGUUGCGCAAGUAGAAGCAUUUGUAUAUCCGGCCAAUCCUGAAUCUUAGGAGAAAGUGAUGAAGAAAUAGAAAACUAUUCAGCCAAAAAUGAUAAUGGACAAAAGUGAUUUCACAAUUUUCUUGCAGAAAUUUAUUCAGAAGAACUAUAUUUCUGUGUUAUACCAGUAUUUCUAUUUAUUGAAGAAAAUCGUAGUCAAUUUACUGUUCGUUAGUUUUAUUUAUUGAAAUUUUAUAUUCUUGUAUGUAUACAAUUAUAUGUAAAUAUUUAUUAUUUUAAUAAAUAAAUCGAAUCACAAUUUUCUUUUGUUGAAAUCAGUGUAAAGAAUUGCAUUUCUCCUUCAGUUUAUUUAGUUGUAUAAAUAUUAUUUUGUCAAAUAAACUGAAUCAAACUUUUAUGUCAUUGUAUCAAACUAAGAAAGUAAAAGAAUGUGCAAAUUGCUUUAUUGUGUAAAUAUUUUUUAAUAAAUUAGUUGAGUUGUA